AUGUGGAAGGACAAGGGCGAGCCAAGCCCCCUGGAACAGUUGGAGUCCAAGGAGUUCCGUCGCGAUGCAAGAUUUGCACGCUUCGCACGCACCGUGGAGCUGGCAUUAUCCAGCUAUGCGCCUCCCAGUGGUGGUAGCCACAAGCUUCUAGAGGUGCUGCUGAAGGACUACGGAGGCUCAACCGAGGCGAAACGGCAGAUAUGCAUUCUGUUUUCUCUACUCCAGGAGCCCGAGGACCAGCCCGUGAAGCCCUUGAGGCAGCUCCUCCGGACAGUGGAGAACGCCUCCAUCGCCAAGGUCGAGGUUGUCGAUCGCGGCGCCUUCUCCAUAGAUGUAGCGGGCAAUGCCCCACAGUUGUCACUGACACUACCAGUUCCUCCGGGCCAAGAUGGUCGGCGAGCUACGGCAGUCUGUCGGUUGCGUCGAGCCAACUCGACGACUUUCGUCGUCGAGGCGGCCACAUUGCGUGAUGCUGGAAGUGGAUACGCAGCGGACAUGGACCUCACUCCGCAGGUGGACCUUCCAGCCGGCGCUCACAUGCUGCGGGCACCGAACUUCACCGUGCGUGUGACUUCGCCCUUCCGUGCACUUCCCAAAGAUCGGCGAGCAGAGCUGGCUGACAGCUUGAAAAGCAAGCUGACGAACCUCCUGCCAUCGUUCUUGCUUCCCGCUUACAGCGAAAAGCUUGGUCGCCUGGUCCCGGACCAGUCGCUUCCGUUGACUCCAGACCCGACGCCGCUGGAAGAAGUGCGGCGAUUGGAUGAAGUCUUUGGGGGCGACAGGCAGCUUGACCGAUUUCGUGCAGAUUUCGUCUUCGCAGAGUUCGAUCCGAUGUACGGCCCUGUUGGCUUGUCUCCAUUGGAGCGUGAGCGGCGGCUGUACGCAGAGGAUUUCCUGCGAUUGAUGAUCGCCGGGUCCACAGCCGCGCUUGUGAGGACCCUGCUGUUCCUGCCAAUUCAGAACGUGAAGGUUCGAAUGCAGACAAAUCCCCAGCUCGGCGGUGGCAACCUCGGCGCAGCCCUGCAGGAGAUUGCCACGACUGAGCCGCCUCUCGCGUUCUUCAAAGCCGUGGACGUUGCUGCAAUCUAUGCCAUCGUGUUCGGCUUUUUUAGCUUCGGUGUGAAGGAGUUCCUGACGAGGGAGCUGGUGAUACAGUUCCCUGGCCUUAACGAGCUCGUUGCCAUUAUUUUGGCCUCCAUCGUCAGUGUCUUUGUCACCAUGGCAGCCGGAACCCCUUGGGAAGUGUUGACGACCAAAGUCAUGGCUGGCGGGGGUUCUGGCGAGUCUGGUGGUCGCUUCUGGGGCCUGUCCCUGCUUCGGGAUCAGCUGCAGGCUGACCCAAAGAAGGCUGCUGUGGAGCUUUACGCGGAGUACUGGCUUCUUAGUGGAAAGGAGCUGGCGUUCGUUGUCACGAAGUUCUUGGUGUUUGACUCUUUGCGUGAAGCGAUACUCUUUGUCGUGCCGGCUUUUGCCGAGGCUCAGUCCUUACUUGUUGCCUGUGGCUGCGGAGCUGUCGCCGGCGCGCUCGGAGCCAUCACGUCGCACCCCAUUGAUACUCUCUUUGCCCUCCGAACGACCGGAGGAGCAAAAGAUGAGAUUCCCAGCCUGGAUAGGCUUUUCCGUGGUGUCGGAGCCCGAGUUCUGAUCUACUCGCCGGGCAUUGCCUUGACAUUUUUGGUGUCGCCGCGAUUUCCGGUCCUAGGUGUAGCGCCAGCGGAUCCUCUACAGCCACUCCGUGGGCUGGAGACUGUGAUUGCCGUCAAGGAGUCAUAUCUCGCGAAGGCCUUGGAUCAGCACCACGCCGCUGAGCUCCACCGUCAGGCAGGGUCCGGGAAAGUAGAUAUGCGGCUAUGUCAGGGAUGGGAAAAGUCUUUGUCACUCCUGAGCCAAGCUCAGCAAGAAGGUGUGGAGGUCAACGUCUUCCACCUCUCGGCAGCAAUUGCGGCUUGCUCGAAGGCAGUGCAGUGGAACUCUGCGAUUUCCUUGCUGAGCCAGUUUCAGCAGCUGAAUGUUCAGCCAAACACGUUGGUCUACAACGCUGUGCUUGCGUCAUUUGACCAGGCACAGCGCUGGAUGAGUGCAUUGAGCUUGCUCGACGACAUGCACCAGCGCUUGCUUGAAUCUGACACCGUCACCUUGAACUCAGCGGCAGCAGCCUGCGCCCGAAGCUCCGAGUGGGUCCAGGCCCUUAGCAUCCUCCAAUCCUUUCCAACCCGGCGGAUUGGCAGAGACAGGAUCAGCUUCAACUCCGUCUUGCUCGCGUGCGAGCGGGCCGCCCUUUGGCAAUUGUCGCUGGCGCUGCUGCAGGAAAUGAGUUCAGAUGGCAUUGCUCCUGACGAGAUCUCAUUCAACACAGUCCUCGGGUCUUUGGACAAGGGCCAAGGACCCUGGCCGCUGGCUCUGGCAGUGCUACAGGCACGCAGUGACCACGGAUUCCCUGUUGACCUCCCCGCUCUCGGAGUGGUGGUUGCGUGCUGUGAGCGCUCGCGCAAGACAUCAGCUGCUGUGCGGAUCGCCCAAGCUUAUGCUGGGUGA